CGUAACUUUUUGGGGAGAUGCCCUCGACAAUGAUUGACUUGUUUGGAUUUGAGCUGGGUUCUUCGCUCUGCUUUGCCCUGCACUGUUCGAAUCCCUUACAAAAUAAGCAUGAGGUACCUGGGAUUUAUUCUUCUCAUCUGGUUUCCGGGAGGACUACAAGCACAAAGUGCGGCUCAGCCUUGUCCUGCUCCCAAACUGGUUGGUGGCUAUUUUGUCCAUGAACAAGAAACGUAUUCUCAUGAAGACCACCUCAUUUAUGCCUGUGAUAAUGGAUAUAAACCAGCUGUGGAGGGUUGGUGGGCAACAAGCACAUGUCACAAUGGCACAUGGUCUCACACGCCCCAGUGUAUGGAUGAAAGUGCCUGCAUUCCACCAACUAUUGCCAACGCAAAAUACACUAAGGCCACAGGCAGUUGGUAUGAGGACGGACACAUAAUCAGGAUAACAUGUGACAAAGGAUAUGAACACAAAAAUCGGGUCGCAACAGCCAGAUGCAUGAAUGGGACAUGGCCCUUAUUGCCCACGUGUGAGAAAAGUGUCAAAACGUGCAGCGAGCCCCCUAAAAUCCCACACGCUGUGAUCGUUCAUCGGGGAUACGAGGAGCUGUUCCCCGAAGAGUCGGUGGUGCAAUAUGAAUGUGAAGAUGGAUACAGUAUCGAGGCGUCACAGAAGAAUUCCAGCAUGUGCUUGGCUGGAACCUGGACUGACGGCCCAAUGUGCAGGUUAGGAACAGGACGAGUCGUUGAGGGGGGCGUGUCUGCUGAUGUGGGAACAGGCACCACGUCCGCUGGCCAUGGGACACAACAUGGGGAUAGAGGAAGCAGACCAGAUACUGGAAGCAACGCUGAGGUGGGAACGGGUGGGGGGGGCACCACGUCCGCUGGCCAUGGGACACAACUUGGGGGUGGAGGGGAUGGAGGGUCGUCCACCUCCUCCAACACUAAACCUCUAGUUGUACCAAUCUACAACUGCGGCGUGCACCCAACCGUCGCACAUGGUGAUGUUGUGCAAACAGCUCCGAUGUAUUUGAAAUAUAAGUGUAGUGCUUUUUACACACAAGUCGGUCCAGAAACUGUGGUGUGUUACAACGAUGACACUUGGUCAUCACUACCCGUCUGCAAAGGUGCUUUUUGUGUCAUGGAACCUGCUAUUUAUGGUGACUUUGAGCUUGUAACAGCUGAAUACUUGAUGGAAGGAGAGACGAAAAACUUUCAAUGUGUUUGGCCGUAUUAUUACAUGGCUGCUCGGUGCACUAAUGGAAGAAUAAGUCAUUCCAGAUGUUGCCGUGAGGAUUACCAUUACUAUCGUUAUUGCUCUUGGAUACAACUCCCGCCUGUUGGACCGGCCACUGCCGACUGAAGACAAAGGCAGAGGUGGAAACAUUUGAAACCCUCUCCACCAGAAAACAACAACACCCCAAAAAAAAAGACAAAAGAAAAGUUUUUUCACCAGUUUUGAAAUAAAAGACACACUCACAGUGUUGGACCAAGA